GAAAAUCUAUCAAGUAAAAGUGUUUCAAGUUGUGAAGCUAUCUGUGUGUUUGCAUAACAAAAGAUUAAGCUAGAAUGUAAGAUUCAAAUGUUUGGCACUUUUCACGUAAAGAAGAAUCCCAAAGACGAAAAAAAUAAGAAUAUCGUUUAGAAAAUGGUUGAACCCAAUUGCAGUGCAAAAAUUUGCCCUAAUUUCACAGCUACUACAAUCAGCCAUAUCAAACCUGUGUUACCAUAUGAGACAGUGCUGCAGAUUGCAAUACACACCUUUAUUUUUGUUGGAGGAUUUCUUGGAAAUAGUUUUCUCAUAACAAUCAUAUUACAUCGUAAGAAAAUGCAAACCGUAACCAAUUGGCUGGUGUUAAAUCUUGCUGUCAGUGAUAUGGCAAUUAUUCUUCUAGUCAUACCAACAGCGAACAUAUUGCCAUUAAUCAAUUGGCCAUUUGGGGAAAGAGCAUGCCAAUAUCUUGUUUAUCCUGUGCUUGAACAUUUUGCGGGAGUUUCUGUGUUGACUCACACAGCUCUGAGUACUGCAAGAUUCAUCUUUAUUAAAAAUGCCAUGAGUGGAAGAGUUCUGAAUGUAAUUCACGUGAAAUUUAUCAUCAUUGCCAUCUGGAUUGUUGCUUUUCUGAUAAUGUCUGCUACAUUAAUGGGACUUUUUGGUAGAUUCCAGUUGAUGCACCGCGGAGGUCAGUUAGUAUGCGGCUUGAUCUGGGUGUCACGACAAAGAAGAAUGGUGUACCGUUUCACAAUUUUUACCCUCACGUACAUCAUCCCAAUGACGUUAUCAGGUUUUGCAUAUUUUAAGAUACACAAGUCUUUAACAGCUAGUAUCAAGCAUUUAUCUGGCUGCAUGUCGUCAGAAGAUUUCUUAAAACGUCAAAAGAAUAGCCGACGGACGGAUAAUAUAUUGAUGAUAAUGUACAUCAUGUUUGCGUUUACGACGUUGCCAUUGCAAAUCUUCUAUGUCGUCAACGAUUUUGGAUUGGUGCCAUCAACGUAUGCUUCGCAAAUGUCCUGGCUAAGUUUGGUGGCUUUAUUUUAUGCCCAAGUCGUAUCCAACCCGUUGACGUUGCUGUACAUGGGCAAAGACUACCGAAUCGAGUUAUAUCGUUUGCCAAUGUGCAUUUGCGCUCCGCGCGCUCGACUAAGAAGCAUAUCGUCAGCAUUUUUAGAAAGCUUCGUCGAAUCUAUGCGUCAUCGGCGAAAAAGCAGUGCAAGCGAGUGUCGAGAGAUUCCAGGUAUUACAAAAAAACGAAAUUCUAAAGGAAGUAUUGCAAAUAAGGAUUGCAAGCUGUCUGGAAGUAAGGAAAAAGACGACGGAGUUUACAUGAGUCCUCCUCCUCACAGCUUUUAUGGACAUAAUUCUGAUUUACCGUGUACGUUGGAUGCUUUAGAGCACAAUACAGAAGUAGGAAGAAAAAAGAUGGAGUUGACGUGCUCCUCCUUCUUGUAGAGCAUUAAUGGACGUGAUUUUGGUUUACCAUAUACGCUAGAUGUACAAUAUGGGAUUGAUGAAAGUGUCGAUUCAUUCUACAGAACUUCUUUUUAGUAAAACUUGUGUGCACAUUUUAAUUCAAGUUAGAUGUUUUCGAGUUAAACUAGAGUAUAGCUAAAGAGUAUUUACUUCUAUGCCGGGAAUGUGAUAAACAUGUAUAUUUACGAGUCUGAAUCUCUGUUGUUAUGUUGGAAGCAAAUGUUUAUUUGUUAAAAAUACCUAAGGGGGGUCCGUCAUUAAUCGGUUAGGGCGCGAUAUUUUCCUGAUAUUAUUCGGGGUUUUUUCGCACGGAGUUGAACUUUGGGUGUGCAGCUUCGGUGCCAUUUUAUCUAUUGUUUUCGCGAGGCAAAAACAAAGGUAUUAUUUGGAUGGGGGAGAUCAUUCACUAACUCGAAUAUGCAUGCUUGAAAUGACUAUUUUUAAUCAGUUGUUACGUGGUCACCAGUUCUCGACGGUGGCUAGUUUGUAUCGGCCAAUGUGGCACAGUAAAGCAGGUCCAACCACGCGCGUAGGUUGCUUUUGAUUUGAUAUAUUAACUUAGCCUUUUUAAACAAAGAAAACAGUUGUCUGACGGUCGCACCCGUGUGUCGUCGUACUAGUUAUACUGGCAGUUGUCUUUAUGUUGUAUAAGAACUGGCGUAUUGGAUUUACUAAAGGAAGCACGAUUUUGAGGUUAAUAUUUAUUAGAUGUUCGUCUCAUUCACAAAAGAAUAAUUUAACUAAAUGGACGUUGUUUUGCUGGGUAGAUAAGAAUAUAGGCAACUAAAGUUAUACUUCUUUUAUUGGUUUAUUUUAUAAUUUUGCAUGAACACGUCUAAAAAUAAAGUUUUUAUGGGUAGGACAUUUAGUUUUGCAGUGAACAGCAGGCAUAUCCAUAAAAAGUUUUACAGCUUUUUGGAACUGUUAAUUUGUUGCGGCAAAGAAUUUUUUUGCUAUACUUAUAGCAUUCUUGUAGUGUAUUUUAUGGUGUGCAUUACAUGGUGUGUAUUUUAUGGUCUGUAUUAUAGGAUUUGCUAGUUAUGGCAUUUGUUGGAAUUAACACCUCAAUUUAAAAACGUUAAAAUGAUAUUUUUUCUGCGUUGUAAUUGAGUCUAAUAAUUCGGAAUUGUUUUAAAUAUAUUUUGUUUUUGUUUAUCUAAGAUGUAAAUACUUAAAGUAUGGGAACUUAUGAACGUAUUGAAAUAAAUUUGCAUUCGUUUAUGUUA